AUGUCUUCAAGCAAAGACCCCCAAGACUGGACAGUCGACGAACUUGUCACUUUCAUCUGUCAUGACAAACCAGGAGAGUGGUCUUACAAUUUGGCUUGCCCAGAUCUUGUGGCUCUGGAGAUCUCCCUCCGGGAAAAUAUGAUCUCAGGCUCUGGUUUUCUUCUCUUAAAUGACCAUUAUGUUAAAGAAUUGGGAAUCAAAGUUAUUGCACACCGCCAAUAUCUUAUGCAAGCCAAAAAAUGGCUACAGCGACGAUCGCCGAAGUUCCAGGCACAACAGGAACAGCAACACCAGGCUCUCAAAGUAGUUCUCAGUGAAGAUGAACUUUCACCUGAACCCUCUCUCAAUGUCACUGACCCCAACGCCCCCCUUGAUAAUCCUCCCAACCCCACUACUCCUGAUGAUGCUACCCCCAAUCCCAGCCCUCUCCAUGAUGCCCUUUCACCGGCCCAAACAGAGAGAAAGAAACCUCGCCGGAUGGAGACCACAAUCAUCGAACGACCUCCGCCAUCUUCUCUCCUGGAGCCACUUCUGGAGCCACGUUCGCCUCAUCAGCGACCUGCUCCUAAUCCCACCUACGGCAACGAGGCCUUUUAUGAUCAUCUUGUAAAGGCUUAUCCCCCGAACGAUGCAGAUGUUCUCUCGCUUCUUGGAGAAUCCAACUCCGAAUCUGAAUAUGAUACGGAGACUCGGGAGGAAAUGGAAGAGGAUGAGGGGCAGUCUCGCCCGGAAACUCCACCGGAUACGUCUGGAGCCCUGGGUGAUGCCGAAUUCAAUGAAAUCGUCGAUGAAUACAUCAAUUCGCGGAAAAGCCAGUUCAUCGAAAUUCGAUUGCCGAAGGAGCAGCCAAAAGGGUUUCAAAUUUGGAACCGAGGCCAAAAGGUUCCGAGCACGAAAACCCAGAUUUCGACACGGCUCGCCCACCUGGAGAAACGGUGUCAAGCUCUCCGCAAAGCACUCGCUGAGGCAGAACACUCCUCGCGUUCUUCCUUAAUUCAAGCUUGUGCAUGCUUAGACCUCACUGUCGUUGAUAUUUGCUUGGAUCAAUGGAAGCUUUCUGUUCUUGAGAAAGCUAGCCCACCGGCAAAAAUUGCUCGUCCUCCACGCACCCCGCGCCCAGAAAAGCGCAAAGUGAGUUCAGACGGCGAAGAGAGUCUGAGUUCGGGGUUGGAUUCCGUUCAUGACAUUGAAGAUGAGAGUCUGAGUUCGGAUACGGACUCCGUGCGUGACACGGGAGAGGUGGAGGAUGACGAGUCACUAAAACAAUCUGAAGACGACCCUGAAGAGGGUGAGAUUGCACAGGACGAGGAGGAACCACGUCCUCGCGAAGCUUAUCACGGUGGACCUUUCCGUGACUACUCUUCAGACGAGGACCUCAGCCAUCUUUUCUACAAAGAAGAAAAGUACGAGCCCCCGGCCGCCAAGAGGCGUCGCCUGAAUAAGGAUAGCGUCCAUCAAGACAGUCCAACUUCACCACUGAUACCAAUGACGACUCUGCCUUUUUCCCCGGACGUGGCGCUGCCCUCGAAUGAGCUUGGAACAGAAAGUCAGAUGGAGACAACGACCCAUCGUGUCGACCCCAUGCGCCCCAACACACGUGAGUCCGUGGAAUUGGCGAGUGAUAACGGUGGUAAAACCGAUGAGGCUGCGCGUGUGUUUGACGAUGUCUAUUCCAUGAUGUGGGCAACUAUUGAGGAGAGUGGAAACCGACUUCACCUGAUAGCGAAGGCCCUCAUUACUCUGCCAAAUAAUCGCUUCAAUCAGCUUUCUAAGUUUCUUGACUCUUACAUGGCUUGUCUUUAUCGGGAUUAUGCGCGAGAUGCGCUGAAAAACAUGUCUGACAAUUCACCGGUGAUUGGGGGAAUGGAUCACGAGGAGAGCCACUCUGCAAUGCUAAUGACCACCUUGUUCGUGUCGUGGGUUAAUGUUAUCCAAGUCCCUUCCAGCGCCUUUACAGCAAAAGAAGUCAAGGCUGCGCGUGUGGUGAUGGGAGAUGGCCUGGAGGAAGACCAAUUCGCACCAUUCUUCGAAUGUUUGAAUGAUCUCAUCAGGGGAUACAGAAAAUGGGUGACUUGGCCGUCUCGUGUCCAACCUCAUGAAAGGAGUCCCACCCGGCAACAGCUGGUCCCACAAAAGAGAAUGGCCGCCGCAAUGAGUAUGAACCGGGCCCAGAAAGAUGGCCAGAAACGCCAGGCGAACCAAGAUGAAGCCAAACGGGACCUCCAAUUCCGAAUUCCCUAUGAAGAAACACCCAUAAUGCCAGUUUCGUUCGGAGAUCCUGUUAUCCAGCUUGACCCAUUUAUCAGCAGACGGAUUCAGCCACAUCAGCUCCAUGGCGUUCAGUUUAUGUUCCGGGAAAUCGUUGAGAACAAACGACCAGAAGGGUGUUUGUUAGCCCAUACCAUGGGAUUGGGCAAGACAAUGCAAGUCAUAUCACUACUCGACACCAUUGCCACUGCUGGCGGAUCGCCAGACCCGGCAAUUCAGUGUCAGAUCCCCGAGGAACUGCGCCAUAUGAAAACUUUGAUACUGUGCCCGGCAUCCCUCAUCCAAAAUUGGUGCAGGGAGUUCAAAAUUUGGGCUCCUGAUAAUCAUAAAAUGGGAAAAGUUCGGCCCAUUCUGGCAAAGUCUUCGCGAACCGAAGAGAUAUGUGCAUGGAAUGAGGAGGGUGGCAUCCUCAUCAUCAGUUAUGACAUGUUCCGCAAUUAUGUAAAGAGCAAUGCGGGGCAGGAUGAGGAUCUUGAAAAACAAUCGACCAACGAAUCUGUCAAGAGUUGGUUGGUAGAAAGCCCAACUCUUGUUGUGGCUGAUGAAGCUCAGGCUUUACGCAACACCGAGACCCAUAUUUUCGAGGCCGCCUCUCGCCUCCGCACCCGGAAGCGGAUUGCCCUCACAGGCACCCCGUUGUCCAAUGGUUUGAAAGACUACUAUUGGAUGAUUGAUUGGGUUGCCCCUAAAUAUCUCGGAACGUUUACGGAUUUCGAAAACACAUUCAUCAAGCCCAUAGAAAAUGGUUCGCAUAUUGAAAGCAUCAGGUAUGAGCGAAGACAAGCACUCCAGCGCCAAGAGCUAUUGCUCGCGAUAAUCGGCCCGAAGGUACAGCGGAUGGACAUAUCCGCACUGACAGCUAAUUUGCCACCAAAAUACGAAUUCGCUGUUUACAUCGAACCGACAAGCUACCAGAAGGAUUUGUACAACCUCUUCGUCAAUGACGUGAAGGCUGAGAAGCUCAAGUGUGUGAACAAGAAGCUCAUGUCCUUCUUCAGCCUUCUACAGCUAUGUUGUAUCCACCCCGCCCUUCUGAAAGCAAAGCUUGAAACUCGAGAUGUCAAAAGCCCCCCCCACAAUUCAAGAAGUGCCAGCAGCGAUGAUCACGGUACAACUGUUGGUUGGAACAUGCCUACUGAAGAGAACACCGUUCCAACUGUGAUGUCAUCUGAACUGACGAGUCUGUUGAACGGGGUUCCUGACUUGCUGGAUCCCAGCCUAUCUAGCCGAGUGAUGGUACUAGAUGAGAUUGUCAAACAGGCAAUCGCACUGGGUGAUAAGGUCCUCGUGUUUUCGUCCAGUAUUCCAACAUUGGAUUACCUGGCGAAAUGUAUGGACAAGGUGCCGAGGAAGUAUUGUCUUAUCAACGGAAAUGUGGGUGCUGCUGGCCGUCCUGAACGAGUUCAGAUUUUCAACAACGAUCCCACCACCAAUGUCUGUCUCAUUUCAACUCAUGCCGGUGGUCUCGGCUUGAACAUUCAGGCGGCGAAUCGAGUUGUCAUAUUUGAUUUCCUAUUUAACCCCACAUGGGAAGCACAAGCCAUUGGACGGGCAUUUCGAAUCGGCCAAGCGAAGCCAGUCUAUGUCUACAGAAUGAUCGCCGGUGGAACAUUUGAAGAGAAACUCUAUCGUAAGAAUGUCUUCAAAAGCCAACUUGCAUGCCGAGUGGUCGAUAACAAAAAUACCAUCCGGACGGGGUCGAAUUCCGAAGAUCCCUACCUGGCACAAUGGACCGUGAGCUCACAGCAAGGUGGCAUCGAUGAGGCCGCACUUGAAAAGGAUCCCGGCAUGAUGCAGAGACUUCAGUCGUGUGAAUGUGCUAAGGCAAUCCUUAGAAUCAGCCUUUGCGGUGAUGAAAUAGACCCAGAGGAUAUGUUGACUCUUGCAGAACGACAGACUGUGGAAGACGAGUUAAGGCUUAGACAUGUUCGUCUUGAUUCGAUGGGAUCUUUUUUAGGUUUCUGUGCGAUGCUGUCUUUCUUUUUUUUCCUUUUUGUUUGA